UCAAUGAAUUUAAUGAAAAUUGAAAACAAAGGAGCUUAAUUAAAAAUAAAGACAUAAAUUGCUUUAAAAAAUGGAAAAACAAGUAAAGAUAACACGAAAACGUAAGUUGGAAGAGAAAGAAGACGCAAAACCGCGAAAAAAACUGGCUAGGACUGUUGAACCAACGAAGUCUAAACCAAGAACAGUCAAAGAAAUAAAACUUAAAACUAAGUCACAAUCAGUUACGGCUGAAACUGAAAAAAUACUAUUACAACCCUCUAGCACGAUAAGUGAUGCGAAAGCAGACGCCACAGAAGGUUCGGUUGAUUUAUGGGAUGAAUCAAUUGUUUUGGCGCAGGUUGAGAAAAUACCAGAAAAUUUGGCAAAAAAUUUGGUAUCUUUACUAUCCGAAGGUUGUACUUUACCUUUCAUUGCAAGAUACAGGAAAACUGCUGUUGAUAAUUUGAUGCUUGAUCGGCUACAAGAAUUAUAUGAAACUUAUCAGAAUGUUAUUCAACUGAAGAAAAAAGCAAAAAGUGUAAUAGAAACAUUAAAAAAAUCAAAGAAGCUCACCCUGGAUGUAGAGAAAAGUAUCCUAAAUGCUCGUAAUCUGUCAGAAUUAGAUUUGGUUUAUGCACCUUUGAAAUCACAUUCCCUAUCAUUAUCAGAAAGAGCUAAAAAACUAGGCUUAGAGCCUCACGCAAGAAAUGCUUUAAAUGGUAAUUACAUAGAUGUUGAAACACUAUGUACAAAGUCAAAUGAUGAAUUAUCAACUGUUGAUAAAGUAGAAGCUCACAUCACUCACAUUGUUGCUGAUAUCAUUCACAAAGAUCCAAGAGUAUUAGAAAAGAUAAGAAGUUUAAAAGACGAAACCAAAUUCACUAUUGUAAGCAGCAGAACGAAAAGUUCAAUGAAAGAAACAAAAGACAGUGGACAAAGGAAAAUUGAAUCAAAAUCAGACCCCGAGACAUACAAAAUAUAUUUCGACUGGAAAUGCCCCAGUCAUUUUGUUAAAUCAUAUCAGACAUUAGCACUGAACCGAGGAGAAGACGAAAAAAUACUAUCUGUGAAAGUGGUUGUACCUGAUUGGUUUUAUAACAAUCUGGAAAGGUUUUGUAUCACGUUAUGGAAUGGUAUAUUUUGGAUAAAGAAAGGACUAAGUGAUGCUUAUAGUCGUCUCAUCAAGCCCUGGCUAUCAAGACAAGUACGGAGUGAACUCACAGUAGCCGCUCAAAAAGAGGCUAUCAAAACUUUUACAACAAACUUAGAAAAGUACCUACUGACUGAACCUAUUAAAAAUAGACGAAUAGCCGGUCUGGAUCCAGGCUUUAAAGCUGGAUGUAAGGUAGGAAUAAUAAACCAUAAUGGUGAUAAAUUGGAAACCUUUACUUUACAUCCUGAUUUACGAAGGAAGAACGAAAAUGAUCCGGCAGCGUCAUAUCUGAAGAGCCAAUUAAAAAAGCACAUGGUGGAAUUAAUCGGCCUAGGAAAUGGCACCGCGUGUCGUGAAACUGAGACUUGGCUUAAGGAGUAUCGCAUCAGCGAAGAUAUUCCAGUUAUUAUUGUACCCGAACAAGGCGCUUCCAUUUAUUCAAUUAGCAAAGAAGCCCAAAAAGAACAUCCAAAUAUGGACCCUAAUUUAAUAUCCGCACUAUCCAUUGCUAGAAGAGUAUUGGAUCCACUCGGAGAGCUAAUUAAGGUGGAACCGAAGCACCUAGGAGUGGGCAUGUACCAACACGAUAUUCCAACAAAAAUGCUAGAAACAGCACUGGAUUCUACCGUAGAGCAAAUAGUCAGUUUGGUUGGUGUUGACAUCAACACUGCAUCGCUGGCUAUGUUAAGACGAAUAUCCGGAUUAAACGAAAGCAAAGCUAAGAAGAUUCUAGACUAUCGGCUAAAGAACGAAGGAUUCAGUUCAAGAGGGGAGAUCCUGAAAGUGGCUGGUAUAGGAAAAAUUACAUAUCAACAAUGUGUUGGUUUUCUAAAAAUAUUAGGAGGACCGGAACCUCUCGACGCGACAAUAAUACACCCCGAGAGUUACACUGUUGCGAAAUCCUUCGCCAAAAAGAUUGGCGUGAACAUAAACGAAAUGUCUCAGUUAAAUUUUCCGGCACUAGUUGAGCAGAAGACAUCCUCUAUUAACAUUGACCGGAUCAGUGAAGAUCUACAAACUGACGUCGGCACGUUAGAAUUGAUAAUAAGCGCGUUCAAACAGAAGUCGUACGAAGAGAACAUUAUUCGAUUCGUGAAGCCAGUUUAUUCUUUAUCCGUUCAAGUCAAGGAGCAACUCAAGGAGGGAAUGACUCUCACAGGUGUGGUUCGUAACGUCGUUCCCUUCGGUUGUUUUGUCGACUGUGGCGUUGGCGAGAACGGCCUCAUACACAAAAGUAAAUUGGGGGCUAGUUCUACUCCUAGACUGGGCGACAGGGUAGAAGUCACCGUCAUAGCGUUUCCCCAACCCAAACGAUUGCAAUUUAAACUUGAGAGGAUCCUAGACUGAUGAUUAGUCAUUCAUGAUUUGUGAUAUGUUAUUUUGUAAGAUUUAACCGAUGCGAAAAUGAAAAUCGUAAAUAAAAAUC